AACGAUACCAGUACUCUCUUUUCUCCUCUUUGUCAAGUCGUGGGAGCGGUUGACAAAGUGCCCAGGAAGCAUAGACUACAGGAUGGCACCAGCCCCGCGGACGGUGUGGGUUCUUCUCGCGCUGUCCGGUGUCCUGAAUGUGCGCUCCUGCUGGACUUUUACUUGUCCUUCCAUUUGCGAAUGUUCAAUGAAGAGCGAUACAUGUUCCACAGAAGCGGGAGAGAAACUCAGCUGCACGAGGGAAACACAGCUAAGGUCCCGAGUCGCUCCUUCGUUUAUUCGAAACUUAAGACUAACUCAUCUGCCAUUGACAGAAGUUUCAAGCAAUGCCUUCAGGGGACUGAUCAACGUGUCCAGAAUUGAGAUCUCUCAGAGUGACUGCAUCAGGAACAUAAGAAACCAUGCAUUCCUCUCUCUCCACAGCCUGGCUGAGAUACAGAUACAGAACAUCAUAAAUCUGAUCAGUAUAGAGAAGGGGGCCUUCACUGAUCUGCCCAGGCUGAGAUACCUGAGUAUCUGUAACACAGGAAUAAUACACUUUCCUGACUUCUCCACCAUGUCCUCUUUGGUGGUACUGGAUAACUUCUUCCUGGAGCUGGGAGAUAACAUGCAUCUCGACAGCAUACCUGCCAAUGCCUUUCAAGGUAUCACAGAGGAGAGUGUGUACAUGAAAAUGAUAAAAAAUGGAUUCAAGGAAAUCAGGUCACACGCUUUCAACGGAACAAAUCUGGAUAAACUGAUUCUGAAAGGCAACAGGUAUCUGAGGAACAUCCAUGAAGAUGCCUUUGAGGGGGCCUCAGGGCCAACUAUGCUUGACGUCUCCUCCACAGCUCUCCACACCCUCCCCCAUCGAGGCUUGGGACAUUUGAAGGUCCUGAUUGCCCGUUCUACCCCUUACCUGAAGACUCUACCACCUCUGGAAAGCCUCCUAGAGCUAGAGGUGGCAGAAGUCACUUACCCCAGCCACUGCUGUGCCUUCCACACCUGGCGACGCGAACACAGGGAAAAGUUUGUCCUUGCACUCUCUCCGAAACUCAGAAGGCUGUGCGAUGACGAUAAAAGCAUGGACCUCUCAGCAGACAAUGUAACAGACCUGUACGACAUCAACCUCCAAUACCCAGACCUGCAGCUGAGCCUGUGUCCUGGACCCUUCCAGUGCACCCCGGAACCUGAUGCCUUCAACCCCUGUGAGGACCUGCUGGGGUACUCCUUCCUCCGCGCUGUCACCUGGCUCAUCACUGUGUUCGCUGUGGCCGGGAACAUGACAGUGCUGAUUGUACUGAUCACCAGCCACCAGAAGCUUAAUGUCUCCCAGUUCCUGAUGUGUAACCUGGCCUUCGCAGAUCUCUGCAUGGGGCUCUACCUCCUCCUCAUUGCAGCCAUGGACUACCACUCCCGCAAGGAGUACUAUAACCAUGCUACGGACUGGCAGACGGGCGGGGGCUGUGGCGUGGCGGGGUUCUUGACGGUGUUCGCCAGCGAGCUAUCUGUCUACACGCUGACCAUGAUAACAUUAGAGAGGUGGCACACCAUCACCAACGCCAUGCACAUCAACAAGAGGCUGCGGCUGAGGCAUGUGGUGAUCAUGAUGGCUGGAGGGUGGGGCUUCUCCCUAUUGGCCGCUCUGCUUCCCGUCCUGGGGGUCAGCAGCUACACUAAGGUGUCGAUCUGCCUGCCCAUGGACAUCGAGUCCCUAGCCUCCCAGGUGUAUGUUGUAGCCCUCCUCCUCCUCAACGUCGCCACCUUCUUCAUCGUCUGCUACUGCUAUGUACGUAUCUACAUGUCAAUCCACAACCCCGACCUAGCAACCCGCCACGGUGACGCCAGGAUCGCCAAGCGCAUGGCCAUCCUCAUCUUCACCGACUUCCUCUGCAUGGCACCCAUCUCCUUCUUUGCCAUCUCGGCGGGUCUCCGCAUGCCCCUCAUCACCGUCUCCCACUCCAAGAUCCUCCUCGUCCUCUUCUACCCAAUCAACUCCCUCUGUAACCCCUUCCUCUACACCAUCUUUACUCGACCAUUUCGGAAGGAUAUUUGUCUAUUGUUGAGUCGCUGUAGUUGUUGCCAUACGAGAGCGCAGUUCUACAGGGCACAGAACCUGGCAACACACUAUACCGCCAAGGGUAGAACUACAUCCCCCAGACAGCCUCACUCUUUCAGGUUCUAUGCCUACCACAUCAAGAUGCAGGGAUGCUUCCUCAGCAAGGGAGGUGGAGUGCGUGACUAGUCUCAGCCAGUCAGAACUAAGGGAAGAGCCACAUUGAGAUUUUGGCCGCGUGGCCCUGCUCAGACGUUGCAUCAACCAAUGGCUGCAUGCCACAUCACCGACUGUGUCGUCAACUGACAGAUCGCUGUAACAUAUGUGGUUAGCUAAUAUGUAAAAUGCCUAUACAGACAUUGUAAGAUCUGGCAUGCGUCAGCAACGCCUGGGCAGAGAACACACCCUUUGUGUUUGAAAAUUCCAGAUUGAGCCAAUGGUUUUUCAAUAGGAGUCAUCCGGUAUUGGUAGACUCACUAAACACAAAUGCUUCGUUUGUAAAUGAUGUCCGAGUGUUGGAAUGUGCCCCUGGCUAUCCGUAAA